CAGCACCAUCUGCAUCAUCACCUGGUAUCUUCAAUAAUGUUGAAAGACAGUGUGUUAAUGUUUAUCGCCCUCUGCUUCCUCUGUGUAAGGAUAAGACCUCUCUCUGCAAAUAUGUUGCCAGAACAGGAUGCUGAAAAUCCUCUUUUGAAAAGCUCUGAUGUCCAAAAGGUGGAUUUUGUGACAUCGUCUCCACAGGACGCUACAGUGAACCCAUCUUCAGCUUCUGCAGAACCUGUAAAUGUUCACAACGGCUCCACAAAUACCACACUGAAGUCCUCGACUGCCUCAGCACGCAGCCUGUCACGUCUCCUCAGAAUCCCUCUGAGCUUGUCUCUGGACUCUGUCGAUGACAUGUACUACGGCUGCUCCCAAAAGAUGCUGAUCAAAGUGAAGCGUUACUACCUCCCCAGGAGCACCAGGGAAGGUCUCCACACCACGUACACUAAACUCUGCGCCCUCAAAGCCAUGAAGAAUAAGGACAUCUAUGAUCCGCUGUCCUGGAAUCACUUCAGGGCUCUGUGCACCUACACAGCAGGGUCAUAUGACGACCUGAACCGCGCAGUCCGCAGUGAGAAAGCUUUCUACAAGACAUCGUUUGGAUUCCAUGCCCUCCACUUCUUGCUGUCUGACGCCAUCCGGCUCCUCAAACUCAACCAAAGAAGCUGCUACACCACCUACCGCAGAAGCAAACUGCUCUUCAGCGGCGAAUCUGGUCAAACCAUCCGCUUCGGCUCCUUCGCCUCCAGCUCCCUCAACAAGGGCCUGCGUCAGUUUGGAAGGAGAACCUGCUUUGAGAUCUACACGUGCUACGGCGCCUACCUCAAGUCUUAUUCGGAGUUUGACUCAGACGAGGACGAAGUACUGAUACCUCCGUAUGAGAUGUUUAAUAUUGUCUCUGUGGACUUGUCAGGAGAGAACGAUUUACAGUGUGAUGUUUUCUACAAGCUGGAGACUGCUGGAGUUUACAGCAGCCUCAACUGUCAGGCUGUAGAGCAUUUUAAAAGCAGGAGUGUUUAAUUAUAACACUGUAUUGUUUUAAUACAUCAGACUAAUGAUUUUAAUUGCAU